AUGAUACUACCAGAUUUUCCGACGGAAUCUAUCAAAACCCUGGUCAACUCAGGGGCCACAUCAAAUUUCAUAUCCCCCACCUUAGUCAAAAAAUUAAAAAUCCCAAAAACCCUACUCAAAAACCCACGAGUAGUGAGAAUGCUAGAUGGUACCAUUUCCCAGACUGGUCGCAUAUGGCACCAGGUACAACUCACGGUUUUGGUCAAUGACCACCCCCACACCAUUCCUUUCCUUGUAUGCCCCAUAGGCAACACCCCAGCAAUCCUUGGCAUGACCUGGCUAACAGCAGAAUCCCCCUUGAUUGACUGGCAACAGGGCCUAGUCACCUUCCCUGAGCAAGUUCAGAUUGCAUCCAAAGAAGAAGCCAAUCCAGAUCCCCUUGCAGAUCUCCCCACACAAUACCACGAAUUUGCAAGAGUGUUUGGGGAGGAGGAGUUCAAAGUACUUCCCCCGCAUAGGGAAUAUGACAUUGCCAUUGACCUUGUCCCAGAUGCCAAACUCUCACCUGGCCCAAUAUAUGGCAUGACUGACGCAGAAUCCAAGGCACUCAAGCAACAUAUUGAUGAGGAGCUAGCCACGGGCAAAAUCCGCCCCAGCACCUCAUCCGCUGGUGCCCCAGUCAUGUUUGUCAAAAAGGCGGAUGGAUCAUUAAGACUAGUUGUGGACUAUAGGAAGCUGAAUGACGUCACCCACAAGAACGUAUACCCCCUCCCAAGGCAGGAUGAUCUAAUGGCUAAAUUAAGGCACGCCAAGAUGUUUACCAAGCUGGAUCUACAAUGGGGGUAUAACAACGUCCGGAUCAAAGAGGGAGAUGAAUGGAAAACGGCAUUUUGCACCAAAUAUGGCCUGUUCAAAUACCUAGUCAUGCCAUUUGGGCUUACCAAUGCCCCCGCCGCUUUUCAGCAUUUCAUGAACGAUCUUUUCAGGGAUCUUAUUGAUGUUACGGUGGUCAUAUACCUGGACAACAUACUGAUCUUCUCUGAGAAACCCAAGGACCACCCAACCCAUGUCAGGGAAGUCCUAUUGCAACUAAUGAAGAAUCAGUUGUUCUGUAAAUUGUCCAAGUGCCACUUCCAUGUCACAACAGUGGAUUACCUUGGCAUCGUCAUUUCUCCAGCUGGAUUCUCAAUGGACCAAAAGAAGAUUGAGGCUGUCACCUCCUGGCCCACGCCCAAAACCAUCAAGCAAGUUCAGGCCUUCCUUGGAUUUGUUAACUACCUUUGCCGCUUCAUCCCCAAUUUCAGUUCCGUAGCACGCCCCCUGCACAACCUCACAAGAAAGGAAACCCCAUGGUCUUGGGGCAACCAAGAAGAAGAGGCCUUCCAAGAACUGAAAUCCCUGGUCACAAAGUCCCCGGUCUUGAUUCAUUCCAAUCCUGAGCUCCCCUACUACCUAGAGACAGACGCAUCAGGAGUAGCCAUGGGAGCAAUUCUUAGUCAGCAAGGACCAGAUAACCGGUUACACCCAAUUGCCUACAUGUCUAAAUCUUUCUCCGGCGCCAAGGCUAAUUACGACACCCAUGACAAGGAACUCCUAGCCAUAAUCAAGGCAUUAGAGGAAUGGCGGAUUUUCCUAGAAGCUACAGACAGGCCAAUCCAGGUGUUCACAGACCAUAGAAACCUGGAAUAUUGGAUGCAGGCACGGACGUUCAACAGAAGGCAUGCACGUUGGCGGAUUUUCCUGAGCAAUUUCAACUUUGAAAUACACUAUCGCCCAGGGAAACAAUCAGGAAAACCCGACGCCCUUUCCAGAAGGUCAGACUACGUAGACUCCCCAGUUGAACCAGAAGUCAUGCUACCGUCAGAGGUUUUUGCCAAUACAUCAGAGGCAGAACUUGAGAUUGUCACGGAAAUCCGGAACAGGUUAAGGGAAGACCCUUCCCUGGAACCCAUCAUCCAAUUCCUAACAGAGGACGCAGACAAUGCACCCCCCUCUAUUUGGAAGGCCUAUUGGGAUUAUGACUGGGAAGAGGACCUCCUAUGGUAUUGCGGGAAACUGGUGGUGCCGGACUCAGAACCCCUUAAGGAACAAUUGCUAAGAGAAUUCCACAAUUCCCCACUAGCGGGCCACCCAGGACAACAAAGGACACUUGAACUGAUCAGUAGGUCCUACUGGUGGCCUGGCAUGAAGUCCUCAGCAAAAGAAUGGGUUGAAGCCCACGCGCCGGCAAUUGCCCUGAAACCCCUAGAAGUCCCACCAUUUCCUUUCCACACCAUCUCGUAUGACUUCAUCACAGGAUUCCCAAAGUCAAAUGGGUACAACGCAAUUUUGGUGGUCAUUGACUCCUUCUCCAAAUUUGGACACUUCAUCCCUACCACAAAGAAAGUCACAGCUAAGGGCCUGGCAGACCUGUUCAUCACGCAUGUCUGGAAACUGCAUGGAUUGCCAAUCAAGACAGUCUCGGACCAAGGAACCACCUUCACUGGGAAAUUCCUGAGAGCCCUCUACCAACGUCUUGGGAUCAAACCUGCUUUCUCCUCGGCCUACCAUCCAGAAUCAGAUGGACAAAUGGAAAGGGUGAAUCAAUUCAUUGAGUUCUACCUCAGAUCUUACGUCACAGCGGAUCACUUGGACUGGGCUACAUGGUUGCCAUUAGCGGAAUAUGCCUACAACAAUGCUAGACAUUCCGCCACCGGAAAAACCCCCUUUGAGUUAGUUUACAGAAGAAAUCCCGUGAUGAGCCCAUCCAACGUGCCAGCAAACGUACCAGAAGCUGACCACAUGGCUAAUACCCUGGCCCAGGAAUGGAAAGAAGCAGAGUCCGCUCUACGAAUGACAAAAGAAAAAAUGGCAGGAUUAAAAGGAACAACACCGGAAUACUCCAUUGGCAAGAAAGUCUGGCUGGACGGAAAAAAUGUGGAACUACAAACCAACUCCAAUAAACUAGACCCAAGGAGGUUAGGACCAUUUGAAAUCCUAGAAAAAAUCUCCAGCCACGCUUAUUGUCUAAAAUUACCGGAGACCCUGAAAAUCCACAACGUAUUCUACGUGGGGCUAUUGUCCAAAGUCCACAAAAAUCCAAGCCAACCAUUCCCAGAACGACCUCCCCCUGAAACAAUAGAGGGAGAAGAGGAAUACAAGGUAGAACAAAUCAUUGACUCCAAAAGGCAACGGGGUAAAUGGUUUUACUUAAUCAAAUGGAAAGGAUAUGGACCCAAAGAUAACUCAUGGGAACCAGAGGAACUACUUGAGCAUAGUCAGGAGGAGAUCCAACGCUUCAACAAGUUGCAACUGAAAAAGGCUUGUGACUCCGCCAAGAGCCUUUAA